CACAAACUCUUCGUCGGUGGUUUGCCGUGUGAAUGGGGCGAGGACAUGGUGAAGGAGCUGCUCAUACCGUUCGGCACCCUGAAGAGCUUCAAUCUUGUGAUGGACAAAUCCACCGGGAAAUCCAAGGGUUACGCCUUCUGCGAGUAUGUGGAGGACAGCUCCGCCGAGGUGCUCAUCAAGAACCUGCAUAUGCGUCGGAUCGGCAGCAAGGCACUCACUGUCAAACGCGCCAUGGAAGGGAGCCGU